AUGUCAACUUGCAGGUUCAACCGUCAGUCGGACGCAGCUCUGGAACGUCACAUCGAGGAGGUGUGGACGGCGCGGGUGUCCAAGGAGCCCUGGCUUUUCAACGGCGCCAAAUUCAGGUUGCACUCUUUCCACCUGGCACCACCUCCCGGUCUGCCGUCUGCUGCGGAGUCCUCAGGUCGCACUGCGUCCUGCCAAGACUCAACAGGGGGUGAGAGGAGCUUUGGCGCGCCAGCACGGGUGCUGACUCUGCGAGUCGGACUCACGUCCUACAAGGACUAUCUGGGGACCAACUGGUCCUGGCGGGUGGAGGAGCUGUGUAGACGCGGCGAGGCGGACUUCAGCAGCCGCCAAGCCCUGUUGGCCCAGCCUCUAGGCGUGGGCGCCGUUAUGUGCACCAGCGACGGGCAGGUGGUGCUGAUCAGGCGCAGCCAGAAGGUAGCGGAGGCGGGCGGGAAGCUGGACAUUCCUGGUGGUCACCCAGAACCAAAGGCGGUGUGCCAGAGUCUGGGUGAGGAGAACAUCAACAUGACCCUGCUGGAGAAGAGUCCGGAAGCGGUCGUCUCCGAACUUUUUUCAUCCGUGUGUGCCGAGAUCAGAGACGAGGUGGGUCCUCGUCAAACUGCGGAGGUUCAUCGCGCUCUCCUGCAGAUUGUGAACGUUCCUCUGAGUUCCCUUGGAGAGCCUGUGCUCAUGGGCGUGGCCCGCAACCACAGCAGCGCUGGGAGACCCAGUAUAGAGUUCCACGUCAGUUGUGCGCUGUCAUCUGCCGAAGUCAAAGAGUUGUACUGGAAAGGCGGCGCGGAGGCCAAUGAGUCCACAGACAUCGUCUUCCUCAGCACGGCGGAGGUGUUGGGCCUGGACAGCAGCAGCCCGCUGUGGUCGGAGCUGUGUCCCUCCGCCAAAGGAGCCGUGCUGCUCUACCAGACCGUGACGCCCCACGCGUAA